AUGUCGGACGGAGAAGAGCCAACCACCGCCCCCGAGGAGGGAGAGGUCCCCGCCGAGGUCGAAGUCGCCGCCGAUGACAGCGCCGGCAAAUCCGGCGGCAUGUCCGUCCUCGAUGCCCUGAAAGGUGUCCUCAAGAUCGCCCUCAUCCACGACGGCCUCGCCCGCGGUCUCCGGGAAGCCAGCAAAGCGCUCGAUCGUCGCCAAGCUCAUAUGUGCGUGCUGAACGAGGCGUGCGAGGAGGAGGCAUACAAGAAGUUGGUGGUUGCGCUGUGCGGUGAGCACAAGAUCCCGUUGAUCAAGGUGCCGGAUGGGAAGCAACUGGGCGAGUGGGCUGGGUUGUGCCAAAUUGACCGCGAAGGCAACGCCCGAAAAGUCGUCAACUGCUCCUGCGUCGUCGUCAAGGACUGGGGUGAGGAGUCGCAGGAGCGCUCCGUCCUGCUCAACUACUUCCAGACCGAGCAGUAA